CCACUCAUUCACACCUACAAAUCAAAAACCCCUCAAAAAUCGACUCAAUUUCCCUUUCAGCGCAAUGAACUCAAAGCCAAAACCCAAAAAACCCACACCGAUUAGGGUUUUCGGACAACGAUCCAUCACUUCAACAUUCCGCUCUCUCCCACCAAAUCCCUCUCAUGAUUCCGAUGCAAGUUCGAGAAAUCAAGCUUCGCGUAAGAGCGAGUCUGCCCGUUUAUCGCUUUCUCACUUCCUCGAUCGCAAAUUGCAUCAUUCUUCAACAGCCACUCCAACAGUUCCGGGGAAAUUGACGCCUUUUCAAUCACCUUUGGGUUUGAGAAUACCUUCGAGUGAGCAAGUUGGAAGCGUCAAACAAACUGAAGAGGAGGGAAAAUGUGCAACUGCUGAUGAGAAGUUGCUUUUGGGAAUGUUCAAGCAAGAGGGAAAAUGCGACUUUGGUAUUCCGUUAGAUGUUGAUGAGUUAGAAAAUUCAGUGGCAGAUAAUGGUCAAGGAUCUAGGAAAAGGAAAAAUCCUUUUGAAGGUGGAAAUGAGGGCCAAACUGUUCGAAAGCAUGUGGUAGUUCUUGGAGGUGAAUCAAGGUUGAAGCCAAAAAAGCAGAUGAGAAAUGACAUUGAUGGCAAAAAACAAAAACCUUAUAAUCACUAUGCAAAUGGCUGCGGCUGGUGGGACUAUGACAUGGAAGGUGUUGAUAACGAGGCAUUGGGGGUCACUGAAGUAUGGGAGGGAGUGGGAUCUACCACACUUGGAGGUAUAGCUGACUGGCAUUGACGUUGAUAUUAUUAUAUAUGUCUCUGUAUGCCACAAACGUUUGUACUUUGGCUUAGCUUAGCUUUGAUAUUUUAAUACAAUCAUAAACUCAUUUGUCCUGAGAAAGUUCCUCAAUGUGUAUAAAUUCUUAAUUCACUUUGUUCAAUUUUACUCCAAAUCGU